CCUUCCGGUCUGCUCAUGCCCUUACAGGGUAUGUUAAAGAAGGUUAGCAUAGGCACGCGCCAAGUUCGUGCUUGCAUGUGAGAGAAUCCUCAACAUUUAUUGGAUAUUCAUUUGGUUAUUAAUAUCAAGAUUUGUUUUUAUUUAUUGUAUUAGAUGGCCCAUUUCAGAAGCAUGUACAGCAAGACAAUCAGCGAUAAACAUGAAGAUCUGAUGGCUAAGUUUGGUGCUAUCCUAGCUCAGGGGAUCAUUGAUGCUGGUGGCCGUAACGUGACAAUCUGCCUGCAAUCAAGGACAGGCCACACCCAUCUUGCCUCGGUGGUAGGGAUGCUGGUGUUCCUUCACUUCUGGUAUUGGUUCCCGCUGGCUCAUUUCCUUUCAUUGGCGUUCACCUCUACUGCUGUCAUUGCUCUCAACUCCGAUCUUGAGAUGCCUGUGAUGGAGUUUAAAUCCAGCGCCAAGCCGUCCCAUUAUGCUUACCCACCCCCUCUGGAGGUACCAAAGGAGAAGGAAAAGGAGAAGGUAGCCACCGCUGUCCUCUCAAUCACCGCCAAGGCCAAGAAAAGAGAAAAGAAAGAUGCUGAGGAGAAAAUGGUCGUGGAUGAAGCCGAGGGUGCGAAGGAAGACGAUAAAGAGGUCAAGAUGGACACCAAGGAGACUCCCGACCCGAAGGCCAAAGAUGACAAGACCAAGGAUGCAGAGAAGACCAAGGACGGAGAGAAAGGGAAGGACGGAGAGAAGGGCAAAGAUGGAGAGAAGGGUAAAGAUGGAGAUGAAAAGGAAAAGGAGAAGGAGAAGGAGAAGAAGAAAGAGCCAGAACCUUUGUUUGAGAUGCUAGGUAAUCCUGCCCGUGUCAUGUCGGCUCAGCUCAAGGUUUUGUCCAUUCCAGAGGAGUGCAGAUACAAAGCCAUCAAAGCGACAUCCAUCGGAGGUAUCCUCAUGGUGAAGGAUCUCAAAGACUCUGAGCCAAAGAUGAUUGUUAAAGAUGUCGCUGCUGGUGGACCAAAGAAAGCUGAAGAUGAAGAUGAACCAGAACCUCCUGAACCAUUUGAAUGGACCGAUGAAUAAAACACACAAAACAUGGAAAAUCAUUCUGAAUCUUAUACAACAUAUGUGAUCAUAAUCCUUAAAAUUGUUAAAUCUACUGUUUGAUCGAUUUCAUGUCUGCAUCAUCUACAGUGAAAAUUAAUAUGUGACAUCAAAUUGCAUAACCAGAGGAGGUGAUGAAAUAAUUAUAUAAAAAUGAUCAAGUUAUUCGAAAGAUAAAUAUGAGUAAAAUAUAGUUGGGGAUUCACCCCCCCCCCCCCUAAAAAAAGAGAAAAAAAUAGCCCUUGAGGAUUGCAGAAGAAUCCAUACAAAUAACUAUUAGUUUCAGUUCAAAUGUAAUGUUGAAUGAUUUGUAUCCCCUUUCUUACAUUGGAAAUCAAUGACUCUUAAUAGUGAUGUUUCACGUUUUGCACUUAAUAGAUUGGAACAACUUCUGUAACAUUCACAUUGUUUGCACAGGGACUACCUGGUCGCAGGGAGUAUCAGACAAGUUGUCAUUCUGACAGAAACCAAUGCUUCCCGGACAAUCAAGACAUAGGAUUUUAAUUAAAAUGUGAGACCAAGAGUAUCACCAUUGCCAACAACUUUUCAUUAAUUCCCCUCCCCCCCUUUAAUGCUCAUGAUAGUAAAAUGACAAGUCCUGCAAUUGUUUAGAUUAUUGAGUGCUAUGUGAAUGUGGAAUAGUAGUGAUAUUAUUAUCAUUACAUUAAAAACUCUGAAUACAAAUUUAUCGAUGGUAUAAAAGUAAGGAUUAAAUCUAUAUCAAGUCUAUUGGUAUUCAUAUAUCAAAAUUGAUCCCAUUCAUAUAAUUAUUAUUAAUAUCAUUACAUUAAAACCUGUGAAAACAAAUUUACCACUGAUUCAGAGUACAGAUUAAAUUUACAUCAAAUCUACAUGUAUUUGUAUUCAUAUGUCAAAGGUCAUCCCAUUUCGUCUAGUACAAGGUAAAUGAUUCUGAUUUUUGGGAACUACUUUCAUUGCAAACCUAUAUUCAGGGGAGUGUUUCAUGAAAGGAGUUGUCAGACAUUUUAUUCGACAAGUCCCAUUUUAUCCGACAGUUACCAUAGUAACUCUGCUUCUUAGCCAAUCAACAUCAUUCAAAGUUGUCAGAUCUAACAACUUGUCGGACAAAAAUGUAAAUGAAACGCUCCCCAGAUCUCUGUCAGUCUGGGCUAUCAAGCUGUAAUAAGAGUAUCUAAACAAAUGCUCUACAUGUAUUUGUGAUCUAAUCAAGUUUGACCUCAUUGAGCUGGGAUGACAGAUGUUUUUUUCAAUUUACUGAUCAUUUGAUAUUGAAUAAAAAAGAGAAUAAAUCAAUUAGUAAAAGUCGUCAUGCAUUGAUUGUAAAGUGUACUUGAUGUUAUGUGCCCCCAUGCCCCUUUCUCCUUCAACCUACAUUUCCUUUACUUGUUUGUAGGAAAUUGAUUCCUUGUAUGAAUAAAAAUAAUUAUUCUUGAUGGAAAGUCAAUUUCAAUGAGAACUAGAAUUGAGCUAUCUUGCUUUUAACAGAGAUAAAAUUGAAAUAAAUAUAAGGAAUAUUCUGCUCUUUAUUUUAAGAGGCAUUUAUCAUGAAGGAUACCCAUUUUCUCUUAUUCAUUCUUCGACUUGGUCAAGUUGUAUUUCAAAUUGCCCUAUUACAUGGAGUAAAAUUAUCAUCAAUUGACCUGAUAUAAAUGUUCAAGGCUUGCUGGGGAUCUUUUUCUUAAUAAAGUGAAUACAUUGCUUGGUUGCACCCAGAAACUUCCAAAUCAAAUAUGUCAUCUGAUUUCCUGGCUGCAAGCUAUGUAUUUACAUUGUUGGAAAAAAAAAAAAUUGUUAUAUGUUGAAUUUGUCGCUAUCUUGGGUCUUGCAUGUACACUCACUUAAGAUUGGGUAUGUAAUGCUUUAGUCUACUUUCUACCUUUUGUUUAAAAGAUCAAGAAACCUUGUUUCUUUUUGAUAAUUUAAAGUCUUAUGACUAUGGUUUUGUCUCAUGUGGCAUAGAAUGCAAGUUUUUGUUUGUUUUGUAUUAUUUAUAUGUGUCUCCAUGGAUACUAAAAAGAAUGCACAAUAAAUCAACAUUGUUGAAUAACACAUAUAA